UGGGAACGAGGGAGAAUCGAUCGAAUUCGCCGAUCGCGUUCCGCCGCCGGCGCCGUCCACCCGCACAAAAGUCUGCUCGACGUCCACUUCCACCAUGUCUUGGCAAGAGAAACUUGCGACGAUCACGUCUUGUGAGGAAAGGGAACUCUUUGCCGUGCUCCGACGGUACGGAGCGUGUCGAGAGUUCACUCCUGUGGACGUCCAGAUUCCAUGCACGCUUGUGCUUCGCCUCGUGCCAAGCGACCCUGAGUUCCCGUUCCAACUUGAUAAAGGACUUAUCAUCCACGUCCAAGUACCGCUGCAAUAUCCGCAUGUCCCAGCAGUUUUCACAGUCGAGUGCGACACCGUGCCAGGUUUCCAGGCCAAGUUUGCCGACACCAUUGCGAAUCAACUCCACGCUCGGCAAGCAUUGUUUCCAGGACAACUUGUGCUCCGAAAAACACUUACGUGGCUUGACAAUAACUUGAAACAGAUCAUGCUGCCCCCUCGAAACCUGCACACGCCAGUGCCUGCAUCGGAGGUAAACACCAUCGUAGCAUUAUCUUCCCCUUCGGACGCCACCGCGACCAUCGCGCCUUCCAACCCGGAGGCACUACCCGAGAAUCGUCGCACCGACGUUAAUCCUUCCGUGGCACCAGUGACUGUAUCGUCCGGCAAGGCCAACAUCCCUCGUCUCUGUCGCUUCUAUGCUGCCGGCAAAUGCGCUCAAGGAGCGACGUGCCGGUAUUCCCACACAUUGCCGGUGAAGUUACGAACACCGAAAGACACAAGAAAGGCUGCGUCGAAUGCCCCAGACGCAGAUGCUAGCCUCGCUGCACCCAGCGCAGAAGCGGCUACACCCAAGACUAAAAAAGGAAAGCGUGGUGCACGAAAUGAGUCCAAGAAGGCUGCUCUAUCGGAUGCGUCCGUCGAAGAUGGCAGUCGAAUCUGCUCAUCCGAGCCGUCACCAUGCAAAGCCGGACACACGGAAUUCAAUCUGAACGGGUCUUCGCUUGCGGCUGCUGGUCACGGCGAAGGUGAACAUCAAGCCAAGUCCUUUUCCCGUCGUGCGGAUCAAGUUGCGAAGACUGCAGCGAGCUCCGUGCAGCCGUCCACUUCACAACCACCGCCCAAGCCGAUCACGACAAAUCCGUCAAGGCAGCGAACUCCCAGUGCGAACAAACCAAUGUCGGGCAGAGUUUGCCGAUUCUACCGGCAAGGCCAAUGCAACCAAGGCGACGCGUGCCGCUUUGUCCACCCCGGCGGCGAUGUAGUUGCCGUUCCAACACUGGCAUCGCGGUCCGCCGAGCCGGCCGACAUCGAACAAGGUUUCGCCGUGAUCGACACGGCGGAUGUGGCUGGCAAGCCCCUUACGGAACACACCGAGGCCACCACCACCACUGCGGCAAGUACCGACGGCGGCCAUGCAUGCGAAGUAAACAGUUGUGACGACGACCUCGCCCCGCCAGUCCCAACACAAAGCCACGUCGCAAGGAGUACCACCCCGUGGACGGUGGAGCAACAGGCCCAGCUGGACGCGGCAUUGAAACGAUUCCCUCCGGGGUCUUUCGACGACGCCAAAGCACGAUGGCAUGCCAUUGCAGAGUGCGUGGACGGCCGCAGCAUGAAGGACUGCAUCGGUCGAUUCAAAGUGUUGGCGGAUUACGUGAGGUCCACCGCAUCGACGGCUAGUGCCUCUUUGCCUAGUACCAAGGCAACGACAUCCUGUUUGAAGAAGGUGCCAAAGGUAGGCUUGGCGGCCGCGCGCCUCCUGCGGGACCCGACAUCUACCGUCGCCAUUGUCAAAGCGGCGCCUCCCCAAGCCAAUCCAACUCACACCGACGUGGGGCAGAAUCACCCCAAGAGCGCACCGGCCGUGGUCCCUGACGAUGCCGACAACGACGACACCAGUGACAGCACCGACUCGCGCAUUCUUCCAGCGUCGACGCGAGUCAAACUCGACCUCGAAAUCGACCCCAAAGCGAUCCACGUCCAACUGAACGCCCUUUUCCUCCACCACAUCGACACAUUGCAACUGCACGCGUGGAAGUGCGCGUUCCAGUGCGCGCAGUGCCCCCUCUCGUUCGACUCGACCCUGUCGUUGUCCAAAAACACGAUCCGGCAGUGGUGUCGGCGCUGCAGUGUGCUCCAAACGGUCGAACUGCGCCCGGUCUUGAUGCACACUGCAAACGAGUUGGCGGUGAACGUCCACUUGAUCAACUGCACGCUCGUGGAUGUGAUGCCCCCCAGUGUUUUCCUUGCGGUUUGUUCGUGUUGUUCCGAGGAAGGGUUGGUUUCCGUCGUGCCUCGUAUUCGAUCCGAAGUCGUGUGCCGGCGGUGCCAUGCCAAGAUGGCGGUCGAGUGCAAGGCGUUCACGAUCGUCAAUCAGAGUGUGGACCGCUUUGUCGACCACAGCCAGCCCAAAGCAAAGAAGAAACUCACCAAAGACGACGCGAUGGUCGUCGGCCAGCCGCUGCCAAACCAAGGUCGUUGCUCCCACUACUCCAAGUCGCUCCGGUGGUUUCGAUUCCAGUGUUGCGGGAAAGCGUACCCAUGUGACGUUUGCCACGCCGCCUCGGCGUGUCCCGACGCCGGCAACGGUACCUCGCACGCUCGCUGGUUGGUUCACCGACCGUGGUGAAUAUGCUAGACAUCUUUGCCAGUCGGUUCAUCUGUGGUCUCUGCUCUCGCGAACAUUCGAGCCAACAAAAGGAGUGUCCCUGCGGCAACGUUGUCGGAAACCCCAACACGAGCUCGCAUUGGGAAGGCGGCAAGGGAUGCCGCGACCCAGUGCGGAUGUCGAGUGCCGACCCCAAGAAAUUCAGCGGAGUCGCCAAGACGAAAAGCAUGAAGUUUAAGCGCGUGGGGGCCGAGGCCAAGAAGCGGCGAGAGCAGCGCAAGCAACAAGUGAACUGAAUGUGCCUUGACGGCUAUGACCUCUGCUGGAACUGCGCCUGCGACAUCGUUUGCUCCAAUCGUCCCCAGUGGCAAGUCCUCAGUGCAGUUGGACUGGUCCUUGAACACACAGGUGGCAAAAUGUUCAACCUCUGGACAAUGGGUGGUCGACAUUGCAUGGAUGGGCUGGAACUUGCCGACACUGUAUUUCUACUUGAAUGGCCACCACGACGUGAUCCCACCAGUGCCAGCGCCGUCGCCCUGGUCGUCGGAGACGUCGGGGACUUCGAUGGCGUCGCCGGCAUAGCGUUUUUCAAAGUUGCCCAGGCCUGGGACAAUGCGGCCUUGGCUAUCCGACGUCGCGUCGAAUGCCGCCGUGACCAAACUCACGUCCGCAAAGGUCUGCACACCACCACGAGUCAAUCGAUCGGACGAGGAGCCGUCACGUACGGCGCAAAACUUGUCCGCUGCAGCAGGGCACGUCACAAGCGUGACGACUUGGAUAUGGUCUUCCGGUACACCUUUCUUCAGCAGGAGCUAUGCACGACAAGAUGAGCACGCACGACCACUCGAUCGCAACGCACUUGCAGCGCAGGUUGGACCACGUCAAACGACGCGAAUUCGGGGUGCACCAAGAUAACGUGCAUGUCUUCGAUGCCGUCAGGGAGGGUGGCUGUCGCGAGCGCUCCGGGAGUCGACGAGUUGGCGCUCAAUUGGAGGUGCCCGAUUACCGAAUCAAAGGGGAGUGUCGUCUUGAGGAGGAGGUUCAUCCUGAACGAAAUCAACGGUGACGAGAUGGGU